GGGCAACUGAGGUGAAAAAACUGGCAAGAUUUACUCAAAAGGAGGCACCGAGCAUCUUCCUUCAGGGAGCAUCAUGGAGAACAUCCACGAACUACAGCACCCGCUUUUGGCCAAAACACCCGGGAAGGUGGCCCUCCAGAGUGAGGUGGCAAGCCAAGCUGGUCACCAGGAACACUCCAGGCCGUUUUACCGCCAGGCGUUGCACGACUUCCAUUGGUUCCAUCAGCCUGGCUCCGUUCUCACCAACCAGCUCUUAGACCCUGGCAGCCUGCAAAGGACGGUGGGGCCGUACCGUCCUUCCGACCCAGCGUUGUACCCCGAGCGGUGGAAGCCAAACCACCCUCAGGGCUGGAAGAAGAAAGAUUACAUCGAAACGGCCUUCGGGGACAGCAAACAGGCCGGAGAGUUACCCCGGAAAGUGGCCCUUGAGAAGGACAUUCACACAGUCUGUUACGAAGUGGGCGAUGCAGAGGGGCUGGAUCUCGAGAACGACUCCUCGAGCGACAGCGAUACGGAGAGCGAGAGCAGUUUCUCUACACUGCUGCCGCAGGAUUACCUUGGCCUGGCUGUCUUCUCUAUGCUGUGCUGCUUCUGGCCACUAGGCAUCGCUGCCUUCUACCUGUCCCAAAAGACCAACAAGGCGUCGGCGAAAGGAGACUACCCCAGAGCGUGGACGGCUUCCCGACAGACCUUCGCGUUGGCCGUCCUGUCCAUCAUCCUCGGGAUCUGCACCUACGUUGGGGCGGUGGUGGCCCUCAUCGCCUAUCUCUCCAACAAAGCGCCAACAUAGGGCGGCCCCCCUGCCAGCCCCACGGGACAGAGAUGCGUGCCCUGCUCCCCCUGGUGGCCGGGGCGGGGAGAGCAGAGGGGGAGACGGCCAAGACGAGAUGGAGAAACUGCACACCUCCAAAAGCUGAUUCAGCUUCAACGCAGCGACCGAAGCAGGAAACGGCUGUGGAUUCGGUUGCGAAAGGCAGGACCUGAACUCGGGGUUGGUCCCUUGCUAAGUUUCGGAGGGGAGGGGCAGGGCGAAGGGCAGAGGUGGAAAGGGACCAAAUCUGACCAGGUACUGCCUUCCCCUGGCCUCAAGGACAAAAGUUUGGUCUGGGCAGUUUUGCUUUCAACAGCCACCCAGUUCGGGGAGACACCGACUCCGCUCUCCCCACCCUGAAGAGACAGACAUGGACUACUAUCAAGCUGGGCAUGUAACGGAACCAGGACCUUUGGUGUUUGGGACUGUCCCCCACACACAGUGCGCACAUGUGUGGGGGGGUUACCUCUUGCCUUUGGACAGCUCCCCCUUUAGACCUUGCCAUCCUCUCGCUGCUUCCUUCCAGCACUGUUCCUUUUAUACAGACAUUCGUCCCCUUUCAACCAUCACAUCCCAGCUUUAGAUGCACAGGUCACGUGUUCGCCUCAAUGCUCAAUAAAACGACAAUGCG